CCAAACUUGAUACACAAGAAACUUUUGCUUACAUAUUUCCCUUUUUUUGUUUACUUAAUAGUGUUUGAAUCAUUUGUUUCACAGCAAAAUUAAACGAGAAAAUUGUUCAACAAUGGCUUCUUCUGAUUCUUAUAGUCAUAUUACACAGGUUGAGACACAGUUUCCUCUAACUGCUCACCAUAUUUUCAAUAUUAUUAUUGAACAAACUCCUCCCAACACCAAGUUGCAAAUUUCAAAGGCGUUUUGGGUCAAAUAUUGUGAGUCCUUAUCCAAUCAAGUAUUUCCUAAGCUUCCAUGUGGAUCAACAGAGGAAGCAGAGUUGACCACAAGUAGUGAUGGAAAGGAUCAUAAUGUUGAUAUUGAUGAUUCUAAUGAAGAUUCAGACUCUCGGCCCAACAAGAUAAGGAAGACUAGUCCUUAUGGUAAUUCUGAAGGUGCAAAUAAGACAAGUUUAACUCCUUGUGUGAAAAUUGAACCUUCUUCUACUAGCAAUAAUUAUGAUGAUAAAGCAAAUAAAGAAGUAAUUGAACCUUCAGUUAAUGCAGAAAAGUUUGCAAAACUGGUAUGUGAAGAAAAUACUAAUGACAAUCAAGGCACUAAUAAUAAUCAGAGGUCUUCAUCUUCUGGACUUAGUCUAGCUUCUGAAGCAGCCAGCAAAUUCAUCUCAGACAAUCCUUACCUCCAAGUGAAUUUGAGAUCAUCUCAUGUGCAUGGAAGAAGAAUGUAUAUUCCAAGGGCUUUUGGAAACCUUUAUUUCGAGAAAAAGGCACAAACUGUAACUCUUUGGGUUGGUGAGAAAAAUUGGCAUGUGAACUUAACUGUUAAUAAGGGAUCAGUUGGAUUAGAGUAUAGGUUUUCUAGUGGAUGGGCUGCAUUUGCAAGAGGGAAUUGUCUUCAGCCAAGUGAUUUGUGCAUAUUUGAGCUGAUACAGAGGAAUCAACCUCAGAUGAAAGUUACCAUAUUUAGACAAAAUGGUUUGUCUCUGUAAUAAACUGUUGAAAUAAUAAUAUAAUGACUAAAAUGCUUGCUUU